AUGCCCGAGUACGUGGACCUAGACCUGCAACUGGGCCUAAACUUGGAAGAGCUUGAGGAUCCGGAGCAGGAGUGUGAUCAUGGGUCGUGGGCCAACGGGCCGUGCUGGAUAGGGGCGGAUCCCAGAGAGGAUGAGCUCAGUUUGGUGGGCCGAACUAGGAUGGAAGGCGGGCCCGGAGGGAGUCGGGCCGAGGAUGGGAAGCUGGGCGGCCGGGUGCAAUGGGCCAAAACCACACCGGUCAGACUGACGUGA